CAAGUGAUUCUCUCCGACUACUAUAAACACAAGUCUACAAAUGGAUCUCCUCAUGAUCUUCGCGACGGGACAUAAGGCUUCGAACUGCCUUAUGUCGUUCAUUUCCGCGCAUCUCAAGACUUGAGUUCUACAUGAGCGUUUCCCUUCUCGUUUCUCCAAGUUCGUUAUUUGGCAGUUUAUGCACACACCCUCACCUCACCUCGUCCAUAUACGCUCUUCUCCCUCCUCAUCUUCCUCACUCAUUGUUCUCCACCACGACCAUAUGAUGAGCACGAUCGCUUAAUUCCUCAAAGUGUUAUACUCUUAUAUCAGGCCAUUGUUCCUCGCGUUCAGGCCUGACCAUACAGUCACCAUGCUUGUAGACGAGACAUUCCUGAGCUGCUCUGGCUGAACAGCCUUCGCAUAGAUAGUCAACAUGCCAUGCAGCAGUCAUGUCGGACCUCCCAUAUUACUCGUGAAAUACUCUAUGAGGUAUUUAUUACUUGUCCGGGGCGAUUAUAAAGGCGAAUAUGGAACAGAAAGGCUCAUGCACAACAAGGUUAACCACGUUGAACGCAAACGUCUCGGCAUCGCGCAACACUCAGCGAUAAUGCUACAAUCAUAUGCCGAAGCAGAAGUCACCAAGGCACAAGCAAUUCGGGGCGCAAUCAACGCAUGGGACCGAGACCAGAGGAACAGGGUAGAGGAAUACAACACAAAACUCAUCAUUGCACUCGCUCGAAUGCGAGUCGAUCGAUUCGCUGAGGCAGGGGCUGCUUUAUUGUUGCUAUUUGCUAUUUGUUUUGUUCUUUAUGUUUUCUUGAUCUUAACUCCGACAGGAACUCUAGCAAUAAGCCUGCAAUUUUUACUUCAACGAAUAAAUACUACCUUAAAUCAUCACUAAUAUGAGGCCAGAUAACUUGGCGCCAUCACUACUUAGGACUGAAACGAGAGGGAAAGGGUAGAGGAUUAUAAUACAAAAC